AUGUUGCCAUCGUUCCGGAAGUCGCAGCUCCUCGGCUCGUUUGCGCUAUUGGCAGUGACUUUUGUAGGGGCCUGUGCGCUCGAGAAGCGCAGCGUGUUCUACGUCAAGCUCAACACGACGGAGAAAACGUACAAAGCGAGCGACGAGAAGCCCACGCUCUGGUCGAAAGAGCCCCACGAUGCCCCACGGAUACGGCCCCACUUUAGUCUGGCCAAGACGUCGCACUUUUUGUUCGACCUCAACCGAUACCGUUGCGACGGGACCAUCCCGGCGGACAGCAGCGAGUGCCACAACCGGACCGCCCUGUUCCGGGCGAAAGUCAUCGGCGAGCUGAGAAAACGCAUGAAGGAACCGUUCCCCGAGAGCGACCAGUAUCGGGUGCGUUACAGCCGGCCUUUCGUCCCGGUCGGACCGGGCCAGUGUCGGUUGAAGCGGGCGAACGUGCGGGUCCUGUCGUGGAAGGAGCCACCGUUUGCGUGGAACGAACUCGGAACCUACCUUCCGGUGACACCGCUCUUCGGUGAGGUCACGAACGCGACGUGCGUGAUUGUCGCCAGCGCGGGGUCGCUCAAGCGAUCGCAGCUAGGCCCGUUCAUCGAUGGACACGAUAUCGUGAUGCGCUUUAACCAUGCGCCCACCGAUGGGUUUGAGGCGGACGUGGGCUCGAAAACGACGAUCCGUGUUGUCAACUCGCAGGUCGUAACGAAGCCCGAGUACCGGCUGCUGACUGCGCCACUCUUCCGGAACGUCACGAUCGCUGCCUGGGAUUCGGGGAAGUUCGAUCAAAGCCUUCCCGAGUGGUUAGCCAAUCCGGACUUUGAUCUGUUCGAGAACUUUAAAAAGUUUCGAAGCCAGCACCCGUCGGCCAACUUUCACCUUAUCGAUCCUCGCAGUAUCUGGAGGGCGUGGACCGCGCUGCAGGAUCUAACCCAGUCGCCGAUACGACAGAAUCCACCGACGUCCGGUUUUAUCGGAUUGGGACUUUUGCUACCCGUCUGUCGGCACAUCGACAUCGUAGAGUACAUCCCGAGCACGCGCAUGAACGGUCUGUGCCAUUACUACGACGAAGAGCUCAAUCUUGGCUGCACUUUCGGAGCGUGGCACCCGUUGGCGGCCGAGAAGCUGCUCGUCUUCCAGAUGAACGCGGCCAGUGACUACACCGUCUUCCAGCGGGGCACCAUACGCAUCUACAGUGAGCCGCCCGGUGGCCAGUGCUAG